AUGGCGAUCUCAUCAGCGCGAGAAUCGCUUUCGCAUGCGCUAAACAAUCGCUUUCUACCUAAUCUGGAGUACCUAUUACAAGGAUCCAUACUCGACUCCGCUGUGGAACACUUAAUGCACAGAUUAAAAGGCUUGUGUGAUAAUGUGGACACCUCACCAGAAACAUUUCACGACCUGGAGGUUUGCAUGAGUCUCCGCCAGCCCAACACCAAUCAGCCGUUGAUGUUGCGUGUGCGUCGCGCUUUGGGGCGAGAUGCUCCAUUCCAAAUGCGUUAUUUGGGACAGCCAGAGGUAGAUCAGCGACGACCAACGCUAGUGCGCAGCUGUAUGGACUGCGCUUGCACCAACGGUAUUCUUGAUUUCUUAACAGAAAUGGGCUUUCGGCUAGAAUUUGAAUAUAUAGCCAAGGGCUACAUGUUUCGUAAAGGGCGCAUGAAGAUAACAGUAUCGAAGCUAAUAAAAAUUGUGCCUGGGAAGCAGGAUAUGGCCAAUGAACCUAUUUCGCAAAGCUACAUUGUGGAACUAUCUGUGGUGGCGCCCACUGGGCAGGAAAAUGUUGGUGAAGAGAUGCGCGUAUUUGCGGAACAAUUAAAGCCGCUAGUACAGUUAGAAAAAAUUGAUUACAAGCGAUUGGGCAAUAUCCCCUAGUUGUAAUAGUUAUUAA